AUGGGCCUAGAAAAUCUUGUAAACGAAAUUAAGGUGAUCAGAAAACUCAGUCACCCGAACAUAAUUAAAAUCCAUGAUGUUUAUGAGUGCCCAAACCAUAUAUGUUUAAUACUUGACUAUGUAGAACAUGAUAAUUUAUUUGCAAGAAUAAGUCCAAAAAAAAGGUUUGAUGAGAAGACAGUAACUCGGCUUGCUAGAGAACUAUUAAGUGUGCUUGACUAUUUAAGCUCCCUUAAUAUCAUUCACCGUGACAUUAAGUUAGAAAACAUUCUAAUGACUUCUGAGGAUAACGAUUACGAUUUCAAAUUAGCUGAUUUUGGGGUUGCAGCUGAAUUAAAUGAGAAUUCGCUAAUUAGGUGCGGCUCUCCUGGCUAUAUAGCUCCAGAAAUUCUAAGAAAGCUGCCAUAUGAUUUCAAAGCUGAUAUUUUUAGCUCAGGCGUUAUUUUUUAUAUCCUAUUAUCCGGAAAAAUGCCAUUCAGCGGCAGAAAUACAGUAGAAAUUCUGCGUAAAAAUCGAGAAGGUGUUAUUUCUUUUCAAAAAGAAAUUUGAAGGCAUGUGUCUAAAAAAGGUAUUCGAUUUGUUAUGAAAUUGAUGGAGCCGAACCCUAAAUCAAGACCUUUUGCAAAAGAAAUAUUAGAUCAUCCGUGGCUUCAGAAAUCUAAUUUUUCUGAUAAUGAGCUCUCAAAAAAAAAAUUAGCCGAAAGAUUAACUAAAAAAAUGAAAUUGGACCAUAAAGAGACAUUAAAGCGAAGUAACUAG